AGUCGGUGCAGCGCUGGAGAGAAGAGCGACGCGCAGGCAUCUCGGACUCUCGCCCUCCACCGGGCGUGCUAGGCGGCGAUGCUUCCUCGGCAGAUUCCCGAGUUCGGGAUGACGGUGGCGGGCGGCCGCCAACGCUGCUGCAGCAGCAGUCCAGCAGCACUGACAAACUGAGAUACUGAGGUAAAUAAAACUACGGCAAUAUGUUCAGCGUAGAUGACCUACUGAUUUCUCAUGGAUACAAGCAAACCCAAAAUCCUACCAAUUCAUCGGAAGAUCCAGUUGACAGAGAUCAACAUGAAGAUACUGGUAGGCAGCCUGGUCAGGCACCCCGGAAUGGUUUACCAAUCCACCCAGGAGCCAUACCAAAGACCAAUAGAGGAAGAAGAUACCAAAACAAUGACGGGAAUUAUUUUGUCAUCAGAGGAAGGCCAAAGAAUGUCCACCAGGAAGAUUUGUCAGGUCCAAAAGAUAUGCAAAGAGGGCUUUAUGACCAAUCACAGCUAAGUAGGUCUUCAUACCCCAAGAAAGAAAACGAUCCUGUUGUUUGGACAAGACAAGGCCAAGAUUUCAUUGCUCAUGAUUAUUCUGAUAGAGUAGACUGUGAAACAAGAGGAAAGGCUACAGCCUCUGCCCUGUUUAAAGGUGAAAACCAAGGUCAGUGGGAGGUUGAAGAAUUAGAUAAUAUGAGGAGUAACAAACAGGAGAUGAUGAAACCUCCUGGAAACCACAGAAGGCAAAGUUUGAAGACAGAAACAUGGAAACAACCAACUACAUUUGGACAACAUGAGCCAUAUAUUGAUAAUAAAGAAAGCCUGCAUCAAUAUAUGUAUUUAGAAAGACAAAACACUGUGGCUUCCCAUGUUAAGAAUAAACCCCAGUCUUUCCCAGGAUUUAUUUCACCAGAGAAUUCCAACUCUGCUGAAAUUCCUGCUUUGGCCAGUAGUAAACAGCAUAAAGUAAAGCCUGAGUUGGAAAAUUUGAAAUACUGUGAACCAGCAACCAAGUAUGGCAGACCCCUGAAGCCUCCUUCAUAUGAAUUUCAUCAACAGAGUAGGGGAAUUGUAGAAACUAAUCCACCACAUGAAGAACAGGAAAGACGUAAAACCAAAAUUGAUAAACCAGGUCAAGAUUCUACCUUAGAGCCACCAGAGUACAACCCUCCUCCCUCUUACAAAUCUCCUGGUCAGCAAAGUAAGAAUCAACAUGUACCUGAAGGAGUGUCUGACGACGCCGAGUGCUUUGUUAAGGAAAUGCAAGUUCUAGAGCAGAGUAUUUGUACUGGUACCGAGUCUUCGGUCAAUCAGUUACAAAUGGAAGAGAAAGAGCAGAUUUUGUGUGAUAGUAAAAUGCAAGUGAAGAGUCAAGAGAGACAUCAGUCUUCUGUUCAAUAUAUUCCUUUUGAUGACCCGCGAAUACGGCACUUUAAAGUAAUGCAUCCAGCUGACCAUCAGAUGGAAGACCAAGCAGAAGAUGCAAAUAAGAGUAGUAUCUUCUGUAAAAAUUCUAUGGCUCAAGAGUUCAAUAAUUCACAUGUCCAUGUACCAGACUCAACAAAUAUUGCUGUAAAACAUAGCCCGGUCUCUGAUAGCAGCAGAUGGUUAGUGAAAUCCAAUGCAGAUCAGGAUAGUUGUGCCUUGUUCACCCAAAAAGGCUCUUAUGACACAAGCAACAAUAUGAAUACCGAAUUCUCCAAGGUCAAACUAUAUGAUCAAAGACCAGGUGCAACAGAAGUCUCCUCUGAGAUACUGACGAAAGUGAAAGCCUUUGAACCUGGAACAGAAAUUCAAGGCAAAAACCAUUUAAAGAAAAAAACAAAUGAAACUAUGUUUUGCUUGGUGUUUGUCCCACUUCAACCUGAACAGCACAUGCCAGUUUCUUCUAGUGAGAAUAAACUGUGUUGCAAUAGACAUGUAAAAGAUCAGAGUUUCCUAAGUACGUCGUCUUCUGAUUCGGAGCUCCAAGCCCUUGCAGGAAACAUGCUCAAUAAGAAUGUGUCAGAGAUAGAAGAUCUCAGCAGCAAGCAGCCUCCAAAGCCCCCAAAAUUAGAGUAUUCUGGCUCAUGGCCAUGCAGUAGGUACAAGGACCAGCAAACACAAACUAAUUUCAGAGAAGAACUGCCAAUUCAGCAGCCUCUCCACGGGUCGCAACUUAGGAAAUCAAACACACUGACCAAUGGCCACUUCUUAAAGUACGGGUCAUCUACUACAGAAUCGGCCCCGAGUAGUUUACCUAUUGGUAACUGCAAAGGUAAACCAAAUUCUCCCCCUAAGAAAGUUCAGCUUAAGAAACCCAGCAAUCCUGAGUGUCCUAGGAGUGUAACCAACCCCAAAAUGGGCCAGAAUGAGUUGCGUACUACAUCUACAGGGCCUCCUGGGGGAAAAAACGAGCCCAGUUUUGCCCAUAAGGAAGAAAGGAAAUCACCUUGCAGUGUCAAAGAAGCCUUUGGGCAGUUUCUCUUAAAGCCUGUUAGCCGACGUCCUUGGGAUGCAAUAAGUGAAUUGGAAAGUUUUAAUAAGGAGAUUCAAAAACAAGAAGAAAGGAGUGAAGAUGCUGGAGAGACUGAGCAAAAGCACGAGAGAGAAGAGAAGAAUAUGAAAAAGCCAGUGGGAAAAGCAUGUAGAGCGGAUGAUGGAAGCCAAGAAUAUGGAUGUGGUGCACAGACAGAGAUAAAAUCAGUCCCUUCUAUGUUUAAAAAGGGAACCGAUAAAAGUAAACCAGAAAGUGAAAAUGUUUCUAACAUCUCCGAUACAAGAGUUGCAUCUAGUGACUUUAGGAAUGUUAGUUCAGAGACGAGAGAAAUGGAUAAAUCAGUUGGUCUAAAACAAAAACAGGAAAAUGCGAAAAAGAUUAUUAAACAGGCUAUUGGUUUGCAUCCAGUGAAAUCAAAUGUUUCUAAUGCCUCGGACAGUGAAAAUUCUUCUGUCCCAUUCAAGAGCAUUAAUUCUAGGGAAGCAAGUGUUGAAAACCAGAAGGAUAAGGAUUCUGAUAAGCUCAAAAAGGCAGCAGGCAGGAAUAUCCCUGAUCCAGAAACCGCACCUGUAGCGCCAUUGUUUUUUAAAAGAAGGAACCAAGGGUGCUCUGAGUCAAAGUUGAGAUCUGUUGGUUUGGAUGUCAAAGAAGGAAUAAGCAUUCCCAAUUCUUCUACAAAGAACAUUCCGCCAAAUGAGUCUCUUCAGGCAAGAGCAUCUAGGAUCCUGGGCAUAGAGGUAGCUGUGGAAUCUCUAACAGCUGAUAAUAAAAAUUCAGAGUCUGAUAACAUGGCACACAGCAGUGAAUUGUCAAACGAAAAUAUAAGCACUGAAAUGAAAGCAGAUGUGGCUUCUUCCAAAGGAAAGCCUAAAAGCAGCUGGCCGAAAAGCACUUUCAUUGGAGAAGAUGUCUUGGGAUCAGUCAAAGAGCAGUGUAGUGGAAAAGGAAAGCUGACCCGCGAACCGUCUUUUUGGUAUCACCCUGAUUCUAGCAAAUGCCAGGAAGACCGUGCUUACUCUCUUGAAUCUGCUAAGCUUCCUCUUGCUGAAAGAAAAUCAUUCCCUUCAAGUGUAGAAAAGAAAACUAGAAGCACUUCGAAGGCAACUCUGCUUGGGCAAGGCAAUGUGGCCUCUGCUGUAAGCCGAGCAGCCAUGGAUCGCUUAGCGCGGAUGAAAGAAGUUGAUUCAGUUUCUCGCAUGAGACGUCUCAGUAUAAAGAAUGCCCAAUUUGGUGAGGAUAGAGAUGAAGACAACAAACAAGUCAGGAAACCAGAAGGGAAAGGAAGUGAUUCUGCAGUUGGCCAUACUGAAAUUUCCCGCAAACCAUCCCAAGGCAGUUGUGUUUCCAAGCGUAUAAUCUCACUGAAUGAAAAUGAACAUUUAGGCAAUAGGAAUAGAAAGAAAUAUGGAAGAGAUUUACCUAGCUCAGAGGUCUAUGAUCCGAGCCGGGUUGAAAGGGUGUGAUACAAAAAGAACUGGCUUUCAAGAGAUUUCAGAUCUUUGUGAGGCAGUUUUCUAAGUGGCACCAUGUGGAAAUAUCCUUAAGCCUCAAUGUUUAGAGUGUGUUGGUAAAACAUCUUAACCUGCUAGAGGAGGAAAACAAGUCUUUAUGGAGAAUGUAUGCUUUCUUGAACUUGCAUGAGUGUGUGUGUGUGUAUCUGCGCACGCACAAAGACCUCUUAAUCUGGAACCAUCUGUUUUUCAAAGCAUUAAGAUUCAAUGCCUCUACUAGUCAUGGACUGGCCAUGUUUAAACUGAAUUGAAUAGUGUUCAGUCAGAAUGUUAAACAGAAUUUGGGAGGGACUCAGGGAAAGGGUUGCUUAUUUCUCUAUAAAAAAUGUAAAAAACAGAUUAAGAAAAUUAUUUUUUGAAGAAAAAAUAAGUUUAAAUAUCCAAGCUUCUGAACUCUCGGCCUUGUUGAACAUUGGCCACAAAACGGGUUGCAAGAGAACCACUGUUGCCUUUUCAGUUCAAGGAGAAGCCCUGCCAACAGGACUGAAUGCCGACUGACCAACUGUGAAAUCAAUUGGGACUUGGUCUGAAACGGCUUUGAGUGGAAUUCGUUCCUUCUUGCAUGUCAAGACAAUACAGACAAAUGCACCCUUGGAGGAGGUGAACCCAAAAUAUGGCAGAACAUUUUGCAGCCCCUGAUCGAGUCAAACCAGGAUCAACUCCACUUUAACUGCUGU